UGUCUGCAGCCUGCCUCUCUACUCUGUCUGUGUCCCGGAGCAAAGAAACAUAGUGUGGAGGACGAGGAAGAAAACAAAGGGGAGCCGAGGUCUCAAACAACCAGAAUGUAACCUCAGAUGAAUAUAUAACGCAGAGUCCAUAGGGGAAGAGUUAUGAAGAACAACAGGAAGUUCUACGUCAUUCCUAUAUUCAGGAUUUGUACACAUCUAAAGAAGACAAUGGAAACUCAGCGUAACUGAACUUCGAAGAAUCAAAGCUCGAGAGGAAUUUGAUUUUGUCAAGUGGAGCAACGCCAUGACGUACAGCUUGUAGACUAAAAGCAGGAGGAAAUGCAGGCCUGGCAUCAUCAUCAUCAUCAACACCAUGCUUCAUUUUGCUUCUGAGGGCAUCUAUCUGAUCUCAGACCUGCUGAGUGACUUCCUCCCUGUAGCUGGAAAUGGUGUCUAGAGGCUGAGGUGGGCUCCAGAGUGUGGUUGUGGCAGCAUGGGGUGAUGUGCUAUGUGGGGAGACGGGACCUCGCCUGCCUGCUGUGGUUUUAGCCUCCUCCAGGGUUGCUGCUGGGGCAGGAACAGGAGGGUCCAACCUGAGACGUCACGACCGGAGGCCUUCCCCCACCCUCACAGACUCCCAGCAGAAGGCAAUCGUCUUGGAACAAACCGGCCCUGCUCACAGAAGUUUGCCCCUGGACUUGGGACCCUGCCUCAGCUUGAGCCACCAGUGGUCCAGGUGGUGGUCAGCAAUGCCAAAAACCAACACCAGCAUUCGGACAACAUCCUGCCCCAAAUUGCCAACAAAGGGGGCCAAAACAACUACCAGACACACCCGGAUGAGAGACCAAAGCCCACUCAGCAGUUCAGCAUGAGGUUUGGCGCAGCGAUGGAUAAAGUGUCUGUCUCCCGCAACAGCAAGAUUUUCAGCAACAAGCUGGAGAAAGAGAAGGCAUACGAGGGACAAAGGUUACCCAUGUCCCCCAUAGAGGCACUGAAGAACUUCCAGGACCGGAUGACAGAGUUUGAGCAGGAGGAGAUCAUGGACUACGCAGAGAUCUGGUUCCUGGGUCUAGGCUCUCAGAAGAUCGAGGGUUCCCAAGGCACGCCGCAGAACUCUGGAUAUGAUGACGAGCACGGAAGCUACGUCAGGGUGUUGCAUGACCACAUUGGCUACAGGUUUGAAGUGCUAGAAGUGAUUGGGAAAGGCUCCUUUGGGCAGGUCCUGAAAUGUCUGGACCACAAGAACAACGAACUCGUAGCCAUUAAGAUUAUACGCAAUAAGAAAAGGUUUCAUCACCAAGCUCUGGUCGAGCUGAAGAUCCUGGAUGUGAUCAAGAGGAAAGACAAAGACAACCUCCACAACGUCAUCCACAUGAAGGAGUACUUUUACUUCCGAAAUCACCUCUGCAUCUCCUUUGAGCUUCUCGGGGUGAACUUGUACGAGCUCAUCAAAAAAAACAACUUCCAGGGCUUCAGUAUCGCUCUCAUCCGACGGUUCACCCACGCUCUCCUCAGGUGCCUGCAGAUGCUGCACAGGGAGAAGAUAAUCCACUGCGACCUCAAACCGGAGAACAUCCUUCUGUCUCAGAGAGGGCCAGGGAACAUCAAGGUGGUUGACUUUGGAUCAAGCUGUUAUGAACAACAAAGGGUGUACACCUACAUCCAGAGUCGCUUCUACCGCUCUCCAGAGGUCAUCCUGGGUCACCCCUACAGCAUGGCCAUUGACAUGUGGAGUCUGGGUUGCAUCCUUGCCGAACUCUACACAGGCUAUCCUAUCUUCCCAGGAGAGAGCGAGGUGGAGCAGAUAGCCUGCAUCAUGGAGGUUCUCGGGAUGCCUCCAAAUGAUUUUGUUCAGUCAGCGUCGAGGAGGAGGCUGUUCUUUGACUCAAAAGGAAACCCCAGAAACAUCACUAAUAGCAAGGGGAAGAAGAGGAGACCCAACUCCAAGGAGCUUUCAGCUGCGUUGAAAACGAAUGACGUUUUGUUCUUAGACUUCAUCAAACGCUGCCUCACUUGGGAUCCAACAAAACGUAUGACUCCGGAUGAGGGGUUACAGCACGAGUGGAUCCUGGAGGGAAAUUUCAACAAAAUCCGGCCAAGAACCAGGCCAACUGUGAAGAAGGCCUCAGACAGUUCGACCUGCAAGCCUGCGGAGAAGGUCAGCUCAGAGAGCAGCACUACUGACAAGCUGAAGAGAGACAUUACAGCGACAGCAACAAAGAUGGCCCCCGCCGAGCGUCUGCGGCCCAUCGGCGCCUCGGCGGAGGAGGAGGUGUAUGAGAACGAGGGCAAGCUCUCCACGGAUACCAAGCAGCAAGAAGGAGGUGGAGAGAGGCCCGUCCACAUCAUCAUCAAGCCUCAAGAGGAAGUGGGCACAGAGAGAAAAGAUGGCCAGGAGCCGUCUCAGUGUUUGCCCCCUAUCAUCUAACAGCCAAAGUGGGAACUACUGUUCAGGCUCAGUGUCCCACUCCCCACCGGAGAGGGAUUGAGUUGGUGAUGUGGAAGGAAAUGCUGAGAGAAAGUUGCAUUUGUUUGGCCUGCACACACAGAAAAUGUAAAGAUCCUUCAUGUUUCCAUUUACUGCAAACACUGCCAUGUUGCACAUGUGUCUACGACGUCACAAAACAACAUGUUAGAGAAGCAGCUCAAGUGGAUAUUUCCUGCUGACAGUUAGGAAACAAACCAGUUCCCACAUGCCGUGAACAAAUUAUCGAUGUAUGGAGGGGACACACUGAUCAUCAGCAAAGAGGGACAUCUUCUAUUUAUUGUUUUAAGUAUACAGUCAUAGCGUAUUCUUUUAUUCUGUGAAACUUUGAGUUUGUAUGACAGUGAGGUCAAUCAACCAGUUGUACUUUUUUUAUAAAGACUUACGGUGCAGUUGCAGGCAUUUUUGUUUAAAUGUGUCACAACUGAGACACUAAGUUGUCUGCCACUUGUUGAAUUUAGAUAAAAUGUUUAAUAAUCUAAUUCAUAGUACAGUAUCAGCUUUUUGCUGUGCCUGUCUCCUGUAUUAUUUAUUGAACCCAAUAUUUGCUGGGCAUUAAAAUCUUUGAUAAACAAGUUAGACCAUAUUUUCUCAGUUUCCAUGUUAAAAAAAAACAAAGUAGUAGACAGUGCAUGGGUAUAACAUUGAUCAAAUAUUUGUUUUUGCUUUUUAUUCUUUUUCUUUUACACGUUUUAAUAAUAUUUUAAGAUGUGUGCAUUGAAGGCUGAGCCAAAAAAUGUUUUUUUUCUUUUUUAAUCAAAGAAAUAAUUGUCAUAUACUUUUUAAUUAUAGAUGCAGUUGAUGACAUAUUGAUUAUUAAUGAUUUCACAUAUUUAUUAUGGAGUAUGUUUGAUCCUAUGUUUCAUAUUUGUUUAACAAGUUAAUUGAACAAUCAUAAAAUAUGUAUUUAUAAUAGAUUUUUUUGUAUAUAAUUCUGCUGUAAUUUCCUAUGUAUGUGUAAUACAGAACAUAUUUUAAGAGAAUAUUUCAGACAUCUGUUGAGGGUUUAGACAAGGUUUUACUUGUUGUGUUGUUACUGUAUGAAGAUAUUUUGUAUGUCUGUGUUAUUCAUAACAUUUUUAUAUUAGAAACAAAAAGACAAUCCUGUAAUUGAUAGUUUGUGCCUUGCAGUAUUAGAAAUCUUGCACUUUACUAUUGUGUGUGUACACCUGGAUUAAACAGUUGGAUUCUUACCUGUCAAACAGACAAGGGUUCAGACUACCCUGCCAGGAUCCCCUUUAUUUGACAAAAUAAUGUCUCGGCUAAUGUUACUGAACAUAAUGAAACUGUAUCAUAAUGAAAAUGUUGAUAAUGUUGAAAAUGUUUCAUUAUUAACCAUAUUUUUUACAACUGAUUUAUGUCUUUAGUCACCAAAAGAGAUCCAAUUUGAAUUUAAAAUAGACCCAUCCCCUCACUAUGUAUUAGGUAAGCAACAAGAGAUCCCAAGAAGUUGGAUUGCAGCUGAAAUAAGAAAAGUUAUGUUAUAGUUAUACCAAUUUUUAUGUCUUUUUGUCUUUUAUGAUGAAAUAAAAAGUUGUUUCAAAGAG